CGCAUUCACGCCCAUUUGAUUUCCUCUCAUACCUAGAUAGAGGAAUUUGAUGAUACCCCUUGUACUCACCUUGACGGUGGUUCAAGUGACUGAUAUCAACGGCAACUAACCAUACGAAUACCAUACACAUCAAUCUCCAGGAAAGCCGUCGCAACCGUCAAUCGCCGAGCUGACUCGCAGGAUUGGCUCCCGCGAUUCACCUGUCUUCGGCCUGGAGCUGAUCCCAACCUUGCCCCAAACAUGGCAGCGACAGACGCCACCAAGAACGGCUCCGCCAAAAAGACGCGGUCGCCCAGGUCAUCCAAAACCCUCAGCAGCAUGAAGCCGCCGCCAACAGUCCACAGCCCGAUCCUGAAGCCGUCGAGCAGGACAGCGUCAAGAUCCGGCGGGUUUUUAUCUCGGUUGUUCGGUUUGUCUAUGAGGUUGUUAGCCUGGUAUGCCAUCCUCACCGUAUUCUUCCGGUGUCCGCCAUCACUCGACCACUGCACUGAGACGACACCUACCGUCUGCGUCGGCUAUUUCCAGCUCAAGCACGUCGUUGUUCCCCAUGUUGAGCCCUAUUACAACACAUACGCUGCGCCCUACGUUCAAACCGUCUGGCCCUACUAUGAAGCUGCCGAUCGGACAGUUCUGACUCCUGCAUGGGGCUAUGCUCAGAAGUACGGCACUCCUGCCGUUGAGAAGGCACAGGUUGUUGGAAAGGCGCAGUGGGAGAAAAACGUACAGCCGCAUCUGGUUCAUUACCAAAAGCUGGCCCAAGCCAAGUAUGACGGCACACUAGCGCAGCACGUCAACCAGGCCCGAGACACCUUGGGCCCAUACUAUGAGAUUGCGCGCACCAAUGCGCUUCAGACAUACCACGACGUAUUUUUACCCACGUACCAGUAUGCUCAACCUUAUGCUCUUCAGGGUUACGCCGCCGCCUCAGCCUUCACGACGCGUCAUGCUGUCCCCACUGCUGUAUGGGCGUGGAACAAAACCUACGCUUUCCUCGACGGCACGGUAUGGCCUCAGCUUCGCAUUCUCUACACCGAGGCGGUCGAGCCGCAGUUGGUAAAGAUCGGGAGGCGACUCGGCAGGUACAACGGCACAGGCACGACACAGAAAGCGUCGGAGACAAUCUCGAAAACGAUUGCAACCAAGGCUACUUCUUCCUUCACCAAACCGACAAUCUCGUCAUCUUCCACCUACUCCGCCCCUCCUAUUCUGAGUUCGGCGAGCUCAUUUGUCAGCUCGGCCGCCUCGGUCGUCAGUGAUUCGAUUUCAUCCGCCUUCAAACCAGCGGCCACACAUUACUCCAAAUUCAGUGAGACCGCCGAACAGGUCGAAGCCCCUGAGCCUGAUGACGAUGAGGAGGAGAAGCGCCGCAUUGCCCGCGAGACGGUUGCAGAGGAUCUCAAGGCUUGGCAGAUGAAAUACACCAAGGCAGCGGACGAAGGUGCUGCGGAGAUCCAGGAGCGCGUCGGUGAGAUCGCCCAUCAGAUGGUGUCGCGUGAAAUACGUAUUCGUGGCGCAGGACUUCUUCAAAGCCUACAGGACACAAUCGUUUCUGAACUGGUUGCACUUCGCGGCAAGAUUCAUGAUGUGGUUGGUUCGGUUCAGAAGGGUCAGGCCACACCUGAGCAAGGCGAGGAACAAAUCGUCCAGAUCAUCCGAGCCUCUGGCCUCGAGAUCAAGAAAAAGGCCAAAGAUGUGCGAUCUUGGCAUGAGUCUUUUGACAUGGAUGUCCGCACCCAGGUUACGGCCGCUGCAGACAGCCAUUUCGAAAUUCUCGGCUCCAUUAAGGAUCUCGCGCUGCAAAAGAUUGGCAUGAAGUGGGCUUGGACUGAUGGCAUCACAUACAAGGACUGGGCCAAGUACCACCUACUCAGAAGCCGUUUCCAAGAAUGGGAGCAGGAUAUGGAGAAACUUGUGGUCUCGCACCCGGGUCUGAUCGAGUGCCAGAACGAGGGACAGGCAAUUGAGGAUCGGGCCAUGGAGUUGGCUACCUCGGCCGCCAAGGAACUUGCUCGAUUGAAGCAGGUUGGGAUGUGGAAGCUCGCUGCACUGGACGAGACCGACGACUUUGACAGCGAGAGCACGCAGGCCACCUACGACGCCAAACAAAGGGCCAAGGCAGAAGCUGCCGCUCGGAAAGAACAGGAGGCAAGCAGUGCACAGCAAGCGGCUGUAGAUAGCGAUGUCGCAGAGAACCCCGAGAAGGUUCUCGAGAACGAGGCGUCGUCUUCUACUAGCACCACCCCAGCUGGUGAGACUGCCGUCGAGGACGCAGCUGCAGUUGAUGUGUCAAUGGAUUCGCCAAAGUCCGCAGACGCAGUUUCUUCGCUCAGUUCGGCUUUCUCCACUGCAUCUGAUAGCAUUGCAAGCGCUGUCAAGGACGCCAACACGGCAUCUCUACCUUCUAGUGCGGGGUUCUCGGCCUCCCGGGAGGAGAAGACACCUGUUGCCGAACCAGAACCAGAACCACUGGUCUCCGUCGAGGCUAUUCCAGCUCUUCCUGAAGUAGCAGCCAACAUUAGUGAAACCACGAAGCCUGAGGCCGGAAAUGCAGAAGAGCACAUCCCAGUCGAGCUUCCGGAAAGCGAAAUCGCGACAGAUGCGAAGCCUAAAGAGCCCCGAGGCGACAAGUCUGUCCCCGUCAAGGCUGAUGAGGUUAAGGACGCAACCGGCAACGAGGACGACCAAGCCACAGGCAACAUCUUUGUCGAGGCUGCGGACCAAAAGGCUGACGAGGAGGCCAACUCGCCACCGAGCCAAAAGAUAGAAAGCGUGAAACCGGCAAUGUUUGGUGCAGCUGCCCAAGCUGUUCCCAGCCGGAAGCCAAUCCUGGAUGACGACAAUGUGGAAUCUUUGAAGAAGCAGGGUGGGGAUAUUCCUGCCACUCUGUCGUCUGUGGCGUCUUCGGCCUACUCGGUCGCCCUCUCCCGUGCGUCGGUACAGUAUGAGUCAGCCGUCAAGAUCAUUUCAGACAGCAUGCCCAAGGGUACAGCCCAGCCGAUGCAUGUUUCUCUUUUGUCUUCUGUAUCGGACGCUUAUGGUAAGGCUGUCGCCUCUGCCAGUGCUCAUCUUGACGAGGCUAUCAAGUCGGCCGAGAGUCUGUAUGGCGCAGCAUCAAAGAAGGUUGUGCCGACGCCUACGCCCACUCCUUACCUGGACUGGAGUGCGGUCGAGUCAAUUGCUGCCGAGCGACUGAGCCAGGGUCGCAGUUGGGCCGAGGAACAAUAUUCCAGCGCCAAGGUCGCGAUUGGCGCUGCAACCCCAACGCCUACUUCCCCGGUGGAGAAGUUGAUGCAGAACGCCCAGUACAACUACUACGCCGGCUUGGGCGUCGCACAAGCCCGCUACACCGAGUUCCUCUCGGCAGCAUCUGCGGCCUUUAGCUCCAUGACAGCGACACCUACCCCAACCGACAUCCAGGGCACCAUGUCGUCUGUGGCUUCAGUCGCUGGCGAGUCCGCAGCGUCAGUUGCGUCUGUUGUUGGCGAGAAUGCUUCUUCUGUUGCUUCAGUCGUUGGCGAGAACGCCUCUUCGGUUUAUGACGCUGCAGGUAGCGCCAUUGGGGCUGCAGGUUCUGCUGUGUCGCACAAUUGGGAGGCCGUCGUCAGUGACCUCAGCUCGAGAGUGUACGGUGUACCAGCCCCAACCCCUUGGUACGAGGGCUUGUACAACGCGGCUGGCGAGUAUGUCGCUGCUGCUACAGACGCUGUGAAUCUUGGAACGCCAACAGAAAAGAAUGCUGCGGCCAAAGCGACGGAUGAGGCGGCAAAACAGUAUGCUGUCGUGAGUAGCAUUAUCUCCGAGCUCGUUGUGGGCCGUGAGCCGAGCUUCUCUGAGAGCGUCUUUUCACGAUUGGGCGACGCUUAUAAGCUCGCCAGCGCCACUGCCGCAAGCGUUGCUGGUGAAGCCACCGAUGCUGUCAAGAGCGCUGCUGAAGCUGGGAGGCAAAAGGUGGAACAGGUCAAGGAUGAGUUGUGAAGCUGUGUCUCUUAAUAAUGGAAGCAUUGGGUCUUGAGGGGAGAUGGAGUUUGAGGUUUCAGUCAAUGAUAACGAAUAAAAGCUCAGGUUGAUGAGGUUGGGAGGGCGACAGGCAGGUAGGGACAAGCGACGAACGCAUGUAUGCAGAUCAAGCACGUGUUAAGAUAUUUCUUUUUGUUUAUUUUUGCUUGUGUUGAGGAUUCGUCCAUCAUUCAUGGUAUGCUCUUGGUUUGGAGAGUUAAUAGCGGGCUAUCGAACAUUUGUCUCGUUAUUUGUUUGCUCAAGUUGCCGUUUGCUCUCAUUACGUGCACCUCAUCUCCAUUAAUCACCGAUAUUUUGCCUCUUG